UUUUAAGUAUUUAAUGCGUUCGUUUUUAAGUAUUUGUGCAUUUAAAUAAGCGUAAACCGAUAAGGCAAUUUGGUGUUUAAAAUGUUUUAUUUUAAAAUAAGUUUGCAGCGAAUUUAUGAUUUGCUAAAUGUGUAAAUUAAUUUCUUUAUAUAACAUUAACGAACGCUUCGAGUCACAGAAACGGUGCGUCCCGCUUCUCUCUCGAUAUCGUGAAUCAGUUUAUUCUCUAAUGCUGGCUGAUGGGAGAAACGAAGCUUUUCGAAAGUCCGAGUCAAUUGAAUCAGUGCGUCCCCAAAAUGAUUCACGUAGUAAACCAAACCUGGACAUAUCGAUACAAACAUAUUCAUCUCACAACAGUAACAGUAAUAAUAAAAGAACAGUAUUUAGAAAAGGGAAAAAAUGCAAAAUCUAAAUACAUAGAUACAUGUCAUACAUGGAAACGAGUAAAACAUUUAAUUAACCAAAUUAAAAGGGCAUUUAGCCUUUUCUGUUUAUAAUAUUGUGCAAAGUAAUACUAUAUUAUUUCAUUUAUUUUUUUAUAAUGCACAGAAUUAGCAUGAUUAGCAAUGUUAUCUUGUACAAAACAAAUAUGACCGCAUACAUUUCUAUUUGAAUCGAUGUUCCAAACAUCCUGAAAUGAAUUUAGAGACAUCUACGCAAAUAUUCUGGAGUAUCCACCUUUUUCUUCAACACGAAAAAUGAAACCCAGUGAAUUCCACUUGACGUACUAAAGAUGGCGUUCAUUAAGGAGGAGAAUGAAGACAUUACAAUUGAAGAGGCACUCAAAGUAAAACAAGAAGACAACGAAGAACAAAUAGGUUUUGUUUCAAUAAAAGAGGAAGCUUCAGAACUCAACGGAAUAGAAGAGAAAGACGAGAAACAUUGUGAUCUCAAAGCUGAAGAAAAAUAUUUUAGUUGCUCACAGACCGAAAAGACUUCGACCCCAAAAAAUGCUGAAAAGACAGGAACUAGAAGUUAUUUCACCUGCAAGGAGUGCGGAAGGAGUUUCAAUCAACAUAGAAACCUUGAAGUCCACAUGAGACUUCACACCGGAGAGAAACCGUUCAGCUGCCAACUGUGCGGGAAAAGAUUUACUCAAAAAGGAAGCCUUAAAGUCCACAUGAGAAUUCACACGGGAGAGAAACCUUACACCUGCCAGCAGUGUGGAAAGAGCUUCACUCACAGAGGAACCCGUAAUGCUCAUAUGAGAACCCAUCCUGGAAAAAACCCUUUCAGCUGUACAGUCUGUGGGAAGAGCUUUUCGCGAAAAGAGAGUCUCAAGACUCACACGAGAAUCCACACCGGAGAGAGGCCGUUCGUGUGCGGUCAGUGCGGAAAGAGUUUCAGAUGCAAAAUAAGCCUUAAUUACCACACGAGGAUCCACUCGAGAGAGAGCAGUUUUAAAUGUCUUCAGUGCGGAACGAGCUUCACAGAGAAGAACCACCUCAAGAGUCACGUGACGACUCACGUCGGAGAGAAGCCUUUCAUGUGCCUUUACUGCGGAAAGAAUUGCUCGAACAAAACGACCCUUGAGGUUCACGUAAGGGUCCACACUGGAGAGAGGCCUUUCACCUGCCCGCAGUGCGGAAAGGGCUUCACGGUCAAAGGAAACCUUCAGACUCACAUAAGGGUUCACACCGGAGAGAAGCCUUUCCAGUGUCGUCAGUGUGGAAAGAGAUUCACGUAUCAAAAGGACCUGAAACGUCACGUUCAAACUCAUUCUGGAAAGAAGCCGCAGAGUUCUGAGUGUUCUACAAACCACCUGAAUAUUCGCUCCGAGGCGAGGCAAUUUAAGUGCGAUCUGUGCAACAAGAACUUUCUUUUGCCGUCGCACUUAAAGAUACACAUGAAAACUCACGCAUUUGCGAGACCCUAUUUUUGCUCUUUGUGCGGAAAGGGUUUUAAAUGGCUCCGCAGUUUGAAAUGGCACCACAAGAUAUGCAUCUGUGCAAAAUUAAUUUUGAUUGUAUAGAGAUAUUGUUUACAAUUUUUUGCUUAUAUACCUCAGUGGCAAAAUACUAGACGGACUCCCGUUUUGCAGCGAGACGCCACAGUGUGAAUUACACUUUUUAAAUAAAAGAUGAGACGCUUGAAAGUUCGCUGCAUGUUCAAUUCACAAAUUGCCUUGUCUGCUUUUACAAAUAUGGUGGAUAUAUGUUAUAUAGAGGAAUGACAAAAAGGACAAUUGGAAAGUAAAUUAUAAAAAUAAUAUGCAUACCAAACAGCACAUUAAAUGCAGUAUAAAGGUGUAAGGUACAGUAAAAGUUGCAUUGAGGAACUGUCUAUCCUCUUCAAUAAAUACAAUUUAAUAUUUUUGUGACACAAAUGUGUUCUACUGGCAGCAUUAUCCUGCAUUUGUUUCUCAGACAUAUAUGAGCUUCCUUAGGAGAUCCUAAUCAGAGAAU